UAGUUCUAACUUCUAAGUACAAAGAUAGAUAUGAUAAACCCCUUCACUCAAAAACCCUCUUUCUCUUUCCGCACUCAAAAACUCUCUCUUUCUCUCUCUAAAAUCUUCCAUCUUCAAUGGCUCUCUUCCAUUCCUACACUCUUCCACAUCACAAAAUAUCAACUCUUUCACCCUUUUCAACCUUCUCUUCAAAACCUCUCUCUGUUUCUCCCUCUUCUUCUGCUUUUUCUUUUUCAACAUAUCAACAUCCUUAUCCUCUCACCAUAUCCACCGACUUCAACAAUAGAAAGUUGCUUUGCAAACCACCUAAAGGACAACAUAUUAAAGAAGACUAUCUUGUGAAAAAAUUGUCAGCUGAAGAAAUUCAAGAGCUGGUGAAGGGAGAUAGAAAUGUUCCUCUUAUUAUUGAUUUCUACGCGACUUGGUGUGGUCCAUGCAUCUUAAUGGCUCAAGAACUUGAAAUGCUUGCAGUCGAGUAUGAGAACAAUGCGAUUAUUGUUAAAGUUGAUACAGAUGAUGAGUAUGAAUUUGCACGCGACAUGCAGGUAAGAGGGUUACCUACCCUAUUGUUUAUUAGUCCUGAUCCAAAAAAAGAUGCUAUUAGAACUGAAGGGCUUAUACCAAUACAGAUGAUGAGAGAUAUCAUUGACAAAGAAAUGUAAAACAGUUGAGGGUACUCAUCACCUGACAUAAUUGGAGUUUUUAGAUCCUACAAGAUGCUGUUUGGUAUAAUUGUAGCCUAUUUUGGGACAGAAUUGAAGUGCCAACCAAUUCAUAUGAAUUUGGCUUUUCAAGUUCAAAUAUGUAUGAUUAAUUAUGUAAUGUUUGAGGUCGACAUAUGUUGUAGGGUAUCACAUGUGAUGUUCAAUAGAAAGACAUUGUGACAUUAUUGUAAGUGUAUUCAAUUCAUCCAAUAUAAAAUUUGUUAUUUGAAAAUGACCAUCUUUGUCUAAGAUGUGAGUUUAGUUUA